UCUUGAAUAUUUUCUUGAGCAAAAUUACCUAGGAAAAUAAGCAAAAAAAUCUGCCAGUGAUGUGCAUUGAUUGGUGUAAUAUUCCUCAUCUUAUGAUUUCAGAUGGUCUGCAAUGCUGACUGUGUGAUCAGCAAUGUUGUGGCAAAAUGGCCUGGCUCAGUCCAUGACUCCAGAAUCUUUCGGGCCUCUGAAAUCUAUCAGUGCCUAUCACAAGGUGAAUUCUCUGGUGUGUUGCUGGGAGACAGGGGGUAUGGCUGCCAGCCUUUUCUCCUGACACCUUUCACAGACCCCCAGGAAGCACAGCAGGCCUACAACCAUGCCCAUGCCAGGACCAGGGCCAGAGUUGAAAUGACCUUUGGCCUCCUGAAGGCACGCUUUCACUGCCUUCACAAAUUAAGGGUCAGCCCUGUUAGGGCAUGUGAUAUUACUGUGGCUUGUGCUGUCCUCCACAAUGUGGCCUGCCUGAGGAAGGAGAGGGCCCCCAGAGUGCCACCAGCCAUGGACUGGGACAAUCCGGCAAUCUUCCCUGAUGACGACAGUGGUCGGCUGCUGAGGGACCAAUAUGUGUUGAAUUAUUUUAGUUAGUAUGUGUGCUUUCAAUUUUGGUUAAAUAUGUCCUGCGGUGGCAGAGGAAUUUGGG